AGCAAACCCACAAAGAGCUAGGGUUUGCAUUGGCCUACAACUUUCCAGUGCAGGUUUCUUUUUAGAAGUCUUCCGCCUUCUGCUGUUGUUGCAUCCUUGCGCUCUUGUGUUCAAUGAAGUGAAGCACAGAGAGGAUGAGGAAAGAUUUUGGCCUUCAAUAACUGCACAAAAAGACACAGCACUUGCUCACAAUUAAGAUCCAACGAUCAAAAUGAAGACCAUCAUGUGGUUUGGGUUUGUGCUGGGUGCACUCUCUGCUACAGGCACAGUGAUCGUCACAAAAUCAGGGGAGAAAGCCAUGAUCACGUGUGGGGAGGGCAGCUUCUCUAACAAGCUGCUGUGGUAUCAUCGUGGUAACUUCAUUGUUGAAAAUAAUGUGAGAGGCUUCCCUCGCAAAGGCACAGUUGACAUUACAAAAAGGUUCAAUUUGAAGAAGGAAAUGGAUCUGGAGAUCUUGGGAGUGAAGGAAGAAGAUGCUGGACCGUUUACUUGUGUGGUAGAUGAGAAAUCUCACGAACACACACUUCUUGUGGUCUCAGUCUGGGCCAGCCCCUCCGGUGAUCUCCUGCUGGGCAGUGAGGCUACACUCCAGUGUCAGGUAAAAGGUCUGGACCAAGGCUCCACAGUGCAGUGGAAGAGGCCAGAUGGAAGCGCAUAUGGAGAGUCACACACAGCUCAACUCAGACCUGUGGACCGCUCAUAUGCAGGGACCUGGAAAUGUAUGUUCUCCUUUGGCGGCAAGGAGUACAGUGAGAGCUUGCACAUCAGUGUUAAAGAGCCUGCUCCUACAACAUCUGAACCAGUCACUUCGAAAGGCUCAAAGGACAUCCGUACCACUCCCAGUGGUGCUCAGCUGCUGGGGCUCAGCUGGUGGUUUUGGGUUGCCAUUGGAGUUGGCUCCCUGGUUGUGAUUCUCCUAAUGGUCUGUGUCAUUGUCUUGUGCAAGAGGAUCAGAAGGAGGAAGAGAAAAUUGCAGAAGAUGAAGUAUGACCGCCAGCUACUGAAGUCCAAGCAGUACUGCAAGUGUAACCGCUCAACAGCUGCAGAAAAACCGCAGCAAAGACGCCGGAAAGAGAAGCCAUCAGCCCUCCCUUUGCAACCCCAGCUAAUGGAGUGACAUGAAAGACAGAUCGAAGAAAGGAGAGAUAGACCAAAAGAAAGGCGGGGGGUGGUGGGGGGUGAGAGGAGGGGAAAGAGAGGUAUAGAUAGAGAUAAAGAAAAAAGAGAGAGCAAGUGAAAGAGAACCUCAGUGUGAAUAUGGCAUGAAUGUAAAUGGGCUUUUGAAGGCUCUUGAUGAAAAUAAAAAUCAAAUGUAAUGAUGUGGACAGCUUUUUCACCAAAUAUAACCAGUGAACUGACUGCAAAUAUGCUCUCCCACAGAGAACAGCAACAGUCUGUACUUACGUUUUAUUUAUGCAGCAUAUUAACAUGUUUAGCCUAUUCUUAGCAUUGUCAACUUCUCAUGUACUGCCUUCCAUUUUAAAUGUUAUUCUGAUGAUUUAGAUAUAAUUUCUUUCUUUUGAUUAGCUUUGAUGUUUUUGUGUACUUUUGUCUUUAUUUCUGUAGGUUGUAAAUGAAAAAUCAGAGUACUGAAUUAAAAUAUUGUGUCUAUUUUCCUCAGUCAAUAAACUAUAAAGAAAAUUA